CUACGGGUGCCUAGGGGGUUUCGGGCUUUAAGCGAUUCUACGAGAACCUCUUUUUCAACGUACAUACUACAGUGUAGGAUUUCACUGCUGUGAGAGUUAUUGGGAGGUUUUUUUUCAAACCUACCAUCCACUCACAGAUAACGUUAGUUUCCUGAUAACUAUUGAGUUGGUGAACUCUUCCAGCUCUCCACCAGACAGCGUGGAGAGCUUCACGACUUUUAAUAUAACGUUAGCUGACUUUCAGUUUCACUCGCAGGAUAACUGGACCUCGUCGUGUUUCUUACACACUGUGUGUAUUCCUGUUCGUUGUGAGGACUGAACUGUAGCAAUGUGUUGACUCAAACACUUUGAACUGGUCUUCGAAGAACCCACGGUCCGAAGGUCGAGGCUCCGCGCUACGGCUCACCCGGGGCAGAUAAGGUAUUAUCGGGUCACUCCAUAUACCCAGGCUGUAAACAACACCAAUAUGAGCUGACCAUGGAGGACGUGGGACUGAACUGAGGAACACUUGAAAAACAAACAACCUUUUUCUUGCAAUGGGUAGUCAGAGGAACGGUUUCAAGAAGGAAAGCUUCAUUCUGUCGGUGGACGUCGGUACAACAUCUAUCAGGUGUCACGUCUAUGACAAGGAGGCAAAAAUACGAGGAUCAUGUAUAACCAAGGUUGUUCCCUUGUAUCCAGAGGUAGGACAUGUGGAGAUGGACCCAGAUGCACUAUGGAGAGGGUUUAUCACUGUGGUCAAGGGAGCUGUGCAAGAUGCAGGAAUACAAAUGCGUCAGAUAGAGGCCCUUGGCAUCUCCACUCAACGAGGCACCUUCACAACAUGGGACAGGACAACUGGGGUUCCUUUCCAUAACUUCAUCAGCUGGCAGGAUCAGAGGGCUGCAGACCUGGUGAAGUCCUGGAACAGAUCCUGCACAAUGAAAGCACUCCAAGGCGUGAUGAAGGUGGUCUACUUCCUGACCAGACAGAAGCGGUCGCUUGCAGCAAGUCUUAUUGUCUUCUCCACUCAACAUGUCACCUUCCGCCUUGUCUGGGCCUUAACACACUACGAGCAGGUUCGUCAAGCAGCAGAUGAAAAUAACUGCUGCUUUGGGACAAUAGACACCUGGCUCCUGUUCAAACUCACAAAAGGACGCGUUUAUGCCACAGACUACUCUAAUGCCAGUGCAACAGGAAUUUUCGACUCCUAUCAGAUGUGUUGGAGUGGGUUGCUCUGCUCUCUUGUGUCUCUGCCUCAUUCCAUUUUCCCCAAAGUAGAAAAUACAGGCCAUGACUUUGGUUCAACAGACAUAUCCAUCUUCGGAGUGCCUAUUCCCAUCAUGUCAGUGAUGGCGGACCAGCAGGCAGCCAUGUUUGGAGAGUGCUGCUUUGAUGUUGGUGAUGUCAAGAUCACCAUGGGAACGGGCACCUUCAUGGACAUCAACACUGGGAACAAGCCACAUACAUCCGUAGCAGGUCUGUAUCCUCUGGUGGGGUGGAAGAUUGGCUCAGAGGUGGUGUAUCUGGCAGAGGGCAAUGCCGCAGACACAGGCACUGCCAUCAAAUGGGCUCAGGAGCUCGAGCUCUUCUCUGAUGUCCAGGAGACCACUGCCAUGGCUUACAGUGUCAGUGACUCAGACGGAGUGUGUUUUGUCCCUUCCUUCAGUGGCCUGCAGGCUCCUCUGAAUGAUCCCAAAGCUUGUGCUUCUUUCAUGGGCCUCAAACCUUCCACCACUAAGAGCCACCUGGUACGAGCCAUUCUGGAGUCUGUUGCCUUCAGAAACAAGCAGCUAUAUGACACAAUGCUGAGAGAAACUCACAUUCCCAUCACAAAGAUCAGGGUGGACGGUGGUGUUUCCUCCAAUGACUUCAUCAUGCAGCUGACUGCAGACCUGUUUGGCAGAAAGGUAGCCAGACCCCAGCACCAUGAAAUGUCCUGUUUAGGGGCUGCUUUUGUCGCUGGACUUGGAAUCGGCUUCUGGAGGACCAGGGACGAGCUGAAGAAGCUGCAGAGCACUGACGAGGUGUUCUUGCCCCGAGGAAUACCCAGGGAGGGUGCUUACAGUCCAAGCGGGGAAUAUAUCCCCGUCCUCCAGAGCUGGGAGAGAGCUCUCCGACGCUCCAUGCAUUGGUACAACAAGCCUUGACACUGGAUGCACACACAGAGAUCAAAUGGGAAGAUGGAGACAUCAUCAGAGUUUUAGGUAUAAGUGAAAGUAGACUCUUUUUAAACAACAUGACUGUUUUGUCCAGGGGUCCAGUAAAGGUCUGAGCCAAGCCGUAGUGCCAACAGCCACGUUUACCACCUGCACAGCAUUGAAUUGUUAUCCACAUACAGUUGUUUCUUCACCUUUUACUUGAUUUCUUCGUGACACUGCGGCCUUAUCAGGUUUAUCCUUCAUUCAUUCCAGAUCUCAAGCCACUGGUGCCUCUUCAUAUUACAUUAUUUUAUUCUGAUGGAAUCACAUUUGUACAUUUUCCCAGAUGGGGGCACUAAUGACUGCCUUUACAGCAUGUUCAUUUAGGAACUUGCCAUAGCAACCACAUGAUAUGUUAAUAAGGAGCCACAGAUAAAAAAUAAAAAAAACCCAGCACUGAUUCUUCUGUUCAUGACGCCUCGAGAUUUAAAAAUGCUCUGAAUAGGGGCUAGAAUUUAAAAAUUGUUACAGACAUUCAACAAACACAGUUUAGUAUUUGCUGAUACUUGACGUAGCUGUUUCCUCGAGAUUUAACAGUAUUUUAACUUUGUUAUUUCAGCCUUUGUGCAAAGGUUCAAUCAAGCAUGUAACAAAAUAUAAAAUAUAAAUGGCUACAAUAUAAAAGGUAAACAGUUGGGAGUAUAUAGUACAGAUUUCUGGUCCACAUCCAUGUGAUAGACGUAGUCCCUCUUUAAGUCCUUCUCCUGUUCGGAAUUAGCCCGUUCUGCUUAACCCCCUUUUUUGCGUUGCUUUCAUGCAGAUUUCUUGCCUGAAUCCGUGCCAUGCAGUAACUAAGUGCGUCGUCCAAAUUACGAAAAAUAUUGUCAAGAGUGUGACAAAACUAGUACCUAGUACGAUGUAUAUCGUCAUAUCGAACAGCCCUAAUUAUAGCUGCACACUUUACACAGCACUAAUACUACAUAUUAUGAUUAAAUGUGAUGAUAAUGUUAAAUGUGACUGGAACAAAAUCUGAAUGUAUAUGUUUUGCUCUGCACAUGGGAGUCCUACUGGAUUUUAGUAUUUCAGCACCUCGUUGUUAGUAGUGGUUCUCUGCUUCUUUGAUACUACAAAAAUAAUGGGGGGGCAAUAAAAGUUGGCGGUGAGAGAGAUGUUUAGAGGUAUAUGUGGCAUUGUAACAGCUGUUAUAGAUUUUUAUGUCAGCUUCCACAUAGAUCUCCAACACAGACUAGAACCUGCAUGCUCACGUUGAUCAGGGAUAUAAAUAUGAAUUAGGACGUAUAUAAUAUGUACUUAGUCUUAUUCCUUGCCAAUCCAUGUUGUGUAGCCAUUAUUUCAGUUUAUUAGUUUGUGUUUAUUGUUGAAUUGUUCCAUGGGGGACAGCUAUGUUGUCAUAUGAUAAUGUUUUGACUCAAGUCUUUUAUUUGACCUGAUGAACUCUGAUGACAAAGUUACAAAUAAUAUCAUGUUAUGAUUCAAAAAAUUCUCACAACUAACAAUGAAAAUGUAAACUGUGAAUAUCAUUCUGGAUGUGCUGCACUUGCUGGGUAUUGGUAAAUGUUUUUGCCUAUUGCUUAUACUGUAAUAUAAUUCUUUCUACUUAUACUAAAAUAUUUUUUAUGCAAAGUGAACACUAUGUGCAAAGCAGAAAUUAACACCUCAAGAAAUGACAUUCCGUUUCUAACCCUUGUACUUCAUUCAGUUCUUGAAUGGCAAAUGUCCUCCCGAGCUGCUAGGAAUUACGUAUUGUACGUUUGUGUAAUUAUACAUUCUGUUACCAAAUUGCAUUGAAAUAUCAAAUACCUUGUGUGAUGCAAAAGGGUUAGUAUUAAAAGCAUGAAUGAUCA